AUGCCCCCACACAGCCUCGACAGCCUUAUCUUCGCCCCUGCCGACUUUGAACGCUAUAAUGGGCACCAUCAAUUGGAAACAUUCGAACUUCCGCGUUCAAUUGGCGAUGAAAAUGGUAGUACCUCUUCUACAUCAAUUAGAACAGACCCCCUGCACUCGACCUCUUCUCAAGACAUCGUCCACUGGCUUCGAGAGCCUGGAAACCAGAAGGUCCACCCGAACGACCCUAGUAUGAAGAUCCUGUUAAUACAAACCCAUAACCAAUCUACGGUGAAGAAGGGCCCUUCACUCUCAUUGGCACGCCCACAGAAAGCGUAUGACUUCGGCCGGAGUCAGACUAGUGAAAGAGCGAACCAGGUGGAAUUCAUCACAGAUAUUUUCAGUGGAAUGGGGCUACCGCUCGCUGCGUUCGGGGCAUAUAUCAAGGCUCAUAUCACGUUUGUAUGUGUUCCUGCAACAUCAAUCUCAAAACCUUGCAAAAAUGCAGCUCGAACCACUCCAUCAGCAUGUACGAAGUACUACUGCAGCGGGACGAGUUGGACCAUCACGUGGACGUAUUGCCCUGCCCUGAAGCAUACCGCCGCGGUAAUGUUUCAUAGGGAAGGAGACGGGGAUGAACGACGAGAAGAGGUGCUAGCAGAUUUAAUAAGACUACAGACCCAUCUCGCCCACCCAAUGCUUCUAGGCUAUAUUAAGACUAAAGUGUCUCUGACCUUCACGUUCGAAAUGCUCGACGAUAUGAAUCGAGAGACAUUAGCACUCGAACAGGACAUUGGCUUCCCAACUUGGAACUGGGUUCUUGACCGUAUGGUUCCAGGUAAUGGUGUUGGGGAAAAUCAUGACCGUGCGGUCGAAGGGUUCAAUCUUUUAGCGGGAAAGUUAACAAAUAUCCGCUUCCGACUUCGGUCAUUCCAGCAACAGAUCAAAUUCAUUUCCAGAUGUAAUGCAAAAUACCGACAGAGUCUUGAGUUAUCUUCUUCUCUUCCAAAUACUGACGAGGAUUACGAACAUUUUAUACGAGAAUGUGAAGAGCUUGACGCAUUCAUGGACGUUAUCUGGGACUAUACAUUCGUCCACCUCUUUGAUGCAGACUCGUUGAGUGAAAGGCUAAAUAAUGCCAUGACCUCUGUCUUCCAAUUGACGACACAGAGAGACUCACGCGCUAGCCUCGCCAUCGCCGACUUCAAUAACGAACUCGCCCGACAAGGUAAGAACACUAAUACCUCGAUGAUGACCAUCGCAUUCGUUUCUCUCUUAUUCCUCCCGGGUACAUUCGUCGCUUCAUUCUUCGAUACCCCAAUCUUCAACUUCCCAUUACCAGGUAGUGAUGGAGGAAAUCACCAGUCGAUCAUCGUGACCCAGCCGUUCUGGAUCUACUGGACCGUCAGCGGUAUGUUGACGCUAUUCCUCAGUGUUGGCUGGGUGAGCUACUUGCGUCGGCGGAGAGCGAUCGACAUCCGUGAGCGUGAGGGCGAGAAAGUCUUGUUCCGUGAGAGGAUC